AUGACCUCAGCGACAUUCACUUUGCACGAUCUUCGGCUGUUCCACCACUUCCUCUGCUUCGCGUACCCGCCAUUGCCUCUGGCAAAUAAGUCAGCUUGGACGCAAGACGUACCUCAACUCAGUUAUCAUUCAGAGCAUCUGAUGAGUGCUCUACUGGCUCUGGCAGCUUCGCACAUGAGCGCAUUGACCGGGGUAGACAAUGACCAGUCCACUGCAUUAUGGCACAAGGGCCGUGCAAUAUCGGGUCUCAAGAAUGCACUCAACAAAUCCCACCACUCAUCGAUCGAGUAUGAUGUGAUGCUGGCAACUUGUUAUGCCCUGGCCUUUCAGUCCGCCCUUCUUCCUGGCUCAGCUGUCGAUUUUGCAACCUUUGUCCGAGGUUGUGCUCUCGUUACAGGACGCAUCCAAGAUGAGGGGAAGCAAUCGAUCUUCAACUGCCCGUCCUACGCGGAUUUCUCUCCAAAUCAAGGGGCAUCGUCGUGCAAACUCAAUGUCCACAGUCUGAUUGCCGGAUCCCGUUGUCAGGUGUUGCUAACAAAGGGUAUGGCGUCACUUGUUACAGCACACGAGUGUAUUGCACACACAGGAACGGGGUAUAAUCUUUUUAGAGCCCUCGAGUCGACAUUUUCUGGAUUCCAAGAAUCUCCCAGUCUGGGAUAUGACCGAUUCCGCAGCUAUUACGGUUUUUGGUUCAAGCUUGCAGAACCUAAAGACGUCUUCUCUCCGGAUGCAGUCAACGAGGCGGCGUUCUUGCUUUGGGCGUUCUUCAUCGGUCUGCAGCUCUUGAUCACAAUGUUUGUGGUCGAAAUCACCAGGUCUGAAAUGAAAAGAGACUGGAGAGCAAGACUCGAGCAAUCAAAUGGUGCUGCAAAGAUGAUCGGAAUGGCAGAAUGGCUUCUCGCUAUUGAAAUUACCACGCCCACUCACCUGCGGAAGCACCUCUCUUGGCCGACACUUGUCUCGGGCGAGGUACUCUCUGGACUACGGAUGACGACGGCAUCGAGAACUCUGGUCGAAGCGAAGGUGGAGGUGCUUCACCACCUGGAAUCACGCUCUCACAACGCGUUGGGAACACUCCUGGAGUUGUCUGCGAGUCUAGCCAACUGGACAGAAGACCUCCUUGCAUCACGAAGUGGCGAAGAAAAGCAGCGGUGA